AUGGUCGCUUAUAGCUUAACUACAGAAGAACAAGAUAGCAACUUUUUUAAUAGAGUAAAUUUUUUAAAAAGUAAUGAAACGAACGCCUACCAUAGUGUUGAAUCGGUUUUUACGAGUGAUGAUGAGGAAGAUCGGGAAGAAACCAAUGAAUCGGAUAAUGUGGGGAGAAAUAGUACAAAUACAUCCCAAGGGAAGAAAUUAAAAAAGGAAGAAUUUUACCUUACUCAAGCUAGUAUUAAUAGUUGUGUUCCAAAAAGUAAGAAGUUUAAGAAAUAUAAAAAUAUUGUUUUAUCCCUGAAAAAAUUUAAUGAGAACAUCAACUGUGCAUGCGAUUUUGAUAUCACCCAUCAGUAUAUUGAAGAGCAAGCUAAGCAAAAAAAAACAAAAAAAAAAAAAAACAAAAAAAAAAAAAGAAAGGCAAGCGCACUAUCACUGGCACCAUCACCAUUUAAUAAUUGUAGAGAUUUAGAAAAAAGGUGCAAUACUAAUAAGGGAAAAAUUCAAGAACUUCAGAAAUAUAGAUUGAUUAGAAGUAUAAAGAAAAUCGUCAAAAGGGUGCAGGCCACAGUUAAAACUCCUUCCGAAAGUAAAAAUUUCCAUCAUGAGCAGAAGAUUAAUCAGGAAGAGCAUCAACCAGAAACACACUCGAUGCUGAACUUAUUACACCAAAAGGGAGAGAAUAAAAAAGGGAGGAAUAAAAACGAUUAUUAUAUCAACACACACCACCACCUUUUACAUAGAAAUCAUUUUAUUGAAAGAGUUACUAAGUCGAAAGGAAACACCUGCUCGUGCAAAUUUGCCAUCAACUACAUUAUUCCUAACAUGAUAAACAACACCGAUGGUACUAGUAUACUUCCACUGAAAGAUGCACAUGAUGGGAAAGCCAGUAGCGAAGAAGAUUUCAAAACGAUGGGAAAACCGAGGGCACAAGUUAAGGAAGAGGAGAAUCAUGCACACAGAUAUAUGUAUUACAAGGGUAUCGAAAAUACAGAUGAAAGUGGGACCGAAGUAAAAAUUGUAUUCAAUGAGGAUGCCAGCAGAGUGGUAGGAAUUGCUGCAAAUGAAGCGAUGGUCGGGAAGGGUGAGAAGAGUGAGGAGAAUGAAGACAUGAAUGAGAAUCGGGGUGAGAGUGAGAACGUGAAUGAGAAUCGGGGUGAGAGUGAGAACGUGAAUGAGAAUCGGGGUGAAAGUGAAGACUUCGAUGAGAAUCGGGGUGAGAGUGAGAACGUGAAUGAGAAUCGGGGUGGGCGUGAGGACAAGAAUGAGAAUCAGAGUGAAGAUGAGGGAAUAAAAAAUGAAAAAAAAAAUAAUGAACGAAAUAAUAAUGCAAAAAUGAGUGACAUUCAGAAGGGACAUACAUUAUCAUAUAACUAUGACACCAUGAACAGAUGCGCUGCAUUCUGCUCAUGUGGAAAAGGCACAGAAAAGUUCACUUAUGCGUGUGAAGAGGCGAAGGGAAAAUCUGAAAAGGCUACUUGUUACAACAAUGGGGAUACCAUGUUUUGUAGAUUGCUUAAUAAUGAUGUUGAAAUAUGCGAUGUUCAUAAUUGUGAUUUUUUGUACGAUUCUAACAGUGGGAAAAUAGAUGUUCAUUACAGAUGUAAAGAAAAACAAAGGAGUGUGCAAAGAAGAAGAACUACUGAGAACUGCUUAAGAGGCAUGGGGUGGGGAAAAAAAGGUCAACCAAUUGAAUACUCUUGUAGAAAGAGAAUCUUAUCGAGUAUAGGAAUCACUAACAGAAUGAACAUUAGAAACAGAGAAAUAUUGGAAAGGCUGUACGGACAUGGAGUAGCAGAAAAUUAUUGGAAUGACAAAUCGUUAGAAAUUGGGUCUAAUAAGAAAAGUAGUGGAUGUCCUAAUAGCGCGGGUGUAUUACCAAUGUUUAAACCUGUUAGUAAUAAUGACAUGGAUUCGACAGAUAAUCAUGGAAUGUUUUUUCGAAAUUUCAUGAAAAUUCAACCUAAAGGUGGUGACCAUUAUAAUAGUUCAUUGAGACAGGGUGGAUGCAUUUCCAGACCUAGUUCAAUAAAAACAUCAUACUUUGUGAAUAAAUUCGAAGAGAUAAGUAAAAACAAUGAAAGGAAUACCAGAGAAGGUGAAUUUCGAAAUGAGUGUAGAAGCGUAUUACAUCAAGAGAGAAUAAUAACUCCCAUUUCUUUAGAUUCCACGCAAAAUUAUAUACAUGUGGAUGUUAAGGAGGAAAAUGAAAAUGUAGAGAAUAAGGACUUGGUUGUGCAAAGAUUCUUGGAUCCUUUAAUUGUUCCAUUUAACAGUUUAAAAGUUAAUUACGACGUUGUUCAUGAUUCAUCAUGUAGCAUUGCAGAAUGCGUGUCAGGGGAGAGUGAAAAACGUGUAGAAAAUAAUCAUUCGAUAGAAAAUUUGAACGAGAGGAAAAAAUUUGAUGAAGAGAAAAACAUCUUUUUUGAUUCCAUAAGAAACAUAAUAAGAAUCAUGAAUGAAAUAAAAAAAAUAAACAGGAAUUUAAAAAUCGAAAGGAGAUACUCAUUAGUUAUACAUGACAAAAAAAAAAAUGAAGAAUUGAAUAAGCUGAUUGAUUAUUUAAUGUAUCAGAAAUCGAUUAGAAAGAAGCUAAAGAAAUAUUAUUUUGAAAAAAUAAAUAAGGGAUUGUUUACCUUUCUCCUGAGAAGUAACCGUGUGAACUUUUUAUUCUCGGAAGAGGAAGUUCAAUUGCUUAAGCGAUGGAAUCAAAUCAAGUUCAUGAAAAUGAACAGGAAAACAAGGGAGGGCACCAGUUUGGGUAUAUUCAAAAAUUGGAACACCGUAUUAGAUGAAAAUCUGCAUAGAAGAUGGAAUAACCAUACUAGUAGCAUCUAUUACAGAGAUUGUGAACCAAGGGCAGCACGAGAAGUGUAUAAAAGAAAUAUUCUCCAUGACUUGAAUAGUUUAAAUAGCGUUUUGAGCCAUAAGACCAAGAAGAAGGAACAACCGAAUAAUAUGAAAGGAAUAAAUGAAAGGGCUGGACUUGAUAACAAUCCGGGAGAGAUGCACGACGAAGGAAGUAUGGAUGAUGUGUCAAGUGAAAUAUGUUAUCACAGUAAGGUCCAACUGAGGAGGGGAAGGAAAAUGGUGGGUCAUCUUAGAUAUCAAAUUAAGAAGGAGCAAAUAAGAGAUCUUGUAGAGUAUGGUUACUUGAGGAAUAGACUGGGUCCGAUAUCGUACGAAUCAUAUUUCAAAUAUUGCGAGAAAAGUAGAAGAAAUAUAUUUAAUAUAUUUUUAUGUUUAAAAAAUAUUAAUUGUAGAAAUGUUUCUAAAAAAUUUAAAAAAAAAUUAAAGAGUGGUCAAAUUUAUUUAUCGAAAAUUUAUGAUGGUAGUAAGGUGUUAUCUCAUAUUAAGUAUAUAUUUAUAGAACUGAUUAAAAGAAAUCUUCCCGAUAUUAUAUGUUUACAUAUAAAUGAUUGCUUCAUAAAUUCAAGCAUUUCAUUUUUUAUUUCAUUACUUUUAAUACCAUUCAAAAAUAUUCACACUAUAAAAAUAAUCCGAUGUCACAUUUAUUAUGCUUAUCUUAGCUCAUUUAUAGCUUAUCAAAAAAGUAACAAUUUAAGGUAUAUGCAUUUUAUUUGCAAUAGCAUCCUUUGGACCAACCCUCCAGACUUUUUUAACAUUACUAGAGAUAUGCGUGCAGACAAAUAUCAGAAAAACUUUCUUCUAUAUUUGAAUACCAAUUAUGUUAGGAGCAGGAAAAUAAUGGAUACCAAUUGUACGAAUGGAUGUGUAAAGGCACAUGAUAGUGGAUACUUCGAUUCGUUGAAACAAAGGGGUUUAAAAAAUUGCUUACAUAAAAGUGAAUGCUUAAAUGAUGUUACAAUGAAUCAGAAGAAUAACACACAGGCAUUGUCCCAGGAGAAUAGAAUAAUUCUCAAGACAAAAAAAGGUAUAAGGUUUUUUGGCAUUGAUGACUUUUAUGAUUGUUUCAUUUUGAAAAAGGGAAUGGAUAUACUUUCUCCGGUUGGUGAAAUGUUAAAUGAAGGUUUUGGCUCAUUGGAUGAGAGAAGAGAUGAAUGGACGAAUGAGAAGGGAGUCGUUACCAUGGGAUAUGAACAAACAAAGGAGAUUAAGAAUUCCAAUCGCUGGGGGGACGAGAAAACGAAUUCAUACAACAUACAUAGCUGUUCAGGUAGCGAAGAAAACACAUCAGAGGAUUCUUUGAAAGAAGAAUUGAAUGAAUGUGUUUGCACAUUUCCUAGAAAAAUAAUAGAGCAAUCAAAUUUUACGAAAUUAAUAAAAUUAAAAUUGUGUUCUAACAAAUUAAAUGAUGAUGCACUUAUGUACAUUUGUACAUUGAUAAAAAAGAACAAAUUAUGUAAUCUGAAAGUUUUGGAUUUAAGAUGGAAUAACUUUACAUACAAAAGUUUAUUAGCACUAUCAUUCGCAUUAACAAAUACGACAAUAAUAAGUGAAUCAAAUGAUAUGAUAAAAAGGAAGAAACAAAAAUUAAACAAAUUAUUACUUUCUGGGAAUAAUAUUAAAAGUUCUCUGUAUUCAUCAUUUCUCUCUAGUUUUUGUACUUGUAAUUUUCUAGUUGUAAAAAAAUUAGAUUUUUCAAUGAAUAUAAUUGAUAAUGAAUGUUUCCCCAUAACUUUAAAAUAUUUUAAACAUGUUUUACAACUACAAAAAAGGAAUAAAAAAAUUCUUAAAAUUUAUGAUGUUUUCAUAAACCUUGACCAUAACAAUUUAAAGAACUCAAUUUAUAUUAACAAGUUAAUACAACUUUUCCAAAAAUUCCCUACCAAGCUAUGUCAAGAAAAUACAAAAACAGCAUCUGUUCAACAUACCCAAUUUCGAGAAGAAGCACAUCAAGGAAUAUUACUUAGCUUGCAAUAUAAUAACAUAAAAAAUGGAACGUUGCAGGACUUUCCAGGGGCGGUAUCUACUUCAAGGGUUAAGUUUUGA